AUGCACUUCCUCACCACCGCCACCACCCUCCUCGCAGCCCUGGCCACGAGCGCCACCGCCAUCACGACCCUCAAGCCCGAUGGCAAGCGCUGCAUCGCCGGCUACGCCAACGAGGACGCCUCCAUGUACAUGGGCCCGACGCUGGGCACGCAGAACUACCACUCGCACACGGGCUUCGUCACCGACCCCAACGGCAAGAUCAUCUCCGAGAUGUCGCAGCGCUUCAACUCCUGGCAGACCUUCACCUCCGUGCUGCCCUACACCGUCGACAUGUACUGCGGCCAGGACACCAGCAAGACCCUCACCCGCUGCACCUCGGUCGAGGUGCGCUACGCCGGCCAGGACAUCCAGUCCAAGGCCGACAGCACCAACUGCGUCUGCGGCAAGGAUGAUACCGUCUUCGAUGCCAAGGGGUACUGCGCUUGUUACUUUGAUUGCCCUCUUUAA